GCAUGUACAACGAAUUUUUGAUUAUUUAGAAAAAAAACUACAUGCCGCACGGCCACUCGCAAACCUUGAAUAAAAAUUUAAUACUGUCGUAAUAGUAUUAAAUAUAUAUUUAAAACGAGAUCGCAGUGAUUUCGUAAAUGUUCAUUUAUUAUCUUCUUAGUUUCGGCACAGAAAACAUGGUUUUGAUAACAUCAAUGAUACGCAAACUGAGUCCUGAGUUGGCCAAAAUUGCCAAAAAUGAGUUGAACGAGAACCCUAAUCAAGUGGCAGAAGAUUUGCGGCAUAUAAGAGAAUGGAUUUCCAAACAGCCGCAUUUAAAAGCUAGAACAGAUGAUCAAUGGCUGAUUGCAAUUCUCAGAGGAUGUAAAUUUAGUUUGGAGCGGGUGAAAACAAAGUUGGAUUUGUUUUAUACCUUGCGAACUACAGCUCCUGAAGUCACGUUGAGGCUUAAACCAACUGAACCGAGUUUUUUUGAAUUUUUGAAGCUUGGAACCUGUGUAAUUCUACGGCAACCUAAAGAUGUUCUUCAUCCUAGCAUCAUCCUAAUAAGAGCGGGGGAGUACAAUCCGGAAAAAAAUAAUGUAGCAGACAUCAUGUGUGUUCUAUAUUACUUAGUACAGAUUUUAGUUAUAGAAAAUGAUAUAGCGACAGUGAUGGGAACUAUGAUAGUAGUUGAUUACGAAAAAGUAACUCUCAGUCAUUUGACGCAAGCCAGUCCAAGCAUAUUGAAGAAACUAGUGGCCGUUAGUCAGGAUUCCCUGCCGCUCCGUUUUAAAGGCAGCCAUCAUGUAAAUGUGCCUUCCGGAAUAGAAAUAAUUUUCAAGCUGAUAUCCGGAUUUUUGGGAGAGAAGGCAAGAAACCGAUUAAGAAUAUACAAAUCUAACGAGGAGUUGCUAAAAAGGUUACCAGAAGAAGCCAUACCAGUUGAAUAUGGUGGGAAGGGUGGUACUAUUAAUGAAUUAAUUGACUAUUGGGCGAGUAAAAUUGAAAAAUACAAGCCAUACCUGGAGCAAGAAUUACAGUUCGGCACAGAUGAGUCCAAACGUGUGAACAACGGUAAAGAUCUCAAAGAUCUCAACAAUCAAGGCUCUUUUCGCAAACUUGACAUUGAUUGUACAAUGACGUCCAUACGGGAAAUUUGCCCCGCUUUGCAAAUCAGGGCACAGAAUGAACUCAAUGAGGUACCAAGUAGAACCUCUUCAGACAUCCAAGCUCUAAGAGACUGGCUCAAAAAGCAGCCACACUUAAAAUCAGUUACUCCAUCGGACCAAUGGCUAAUUGGCUUUUUAAGAGGUAAUAAAUUCAGCUUGGAAAGAAGCAAGGAGAAGCUAGACAUGAGCUACACUCUGCGCUCGGUGUUGCCUGACAUUGCGCAAAAUCGAGACCCGUUUGAUCCUGUUAUACAGGACAUUUUGAAAAUGGGAUAUUAUCUACCCAUUAGAAGUACUCUAACAGAGGACGCUAGUAGGAUUGUUCUAAGCAGAUUCAAUGAGACGUGUAAAAAACAUCAUUUGAUACAAAUUGUGAAAGUGUGUUUCAUGAUUGCAGAAAUAAUGAUAUUGGAAGAUGAUAAUUUUAUUAUAGGCGGUGAGGAUGUCUUGGUAGAUCUCAAAGGCGCUGGAUUGAAUAUAUUUACUCAAUGGACGCCAACAGUAGCCAAACAGGUUUUAACGAUGGUGGAGAAGGCUCUCCCAGUGCGUAUGAGAAGCUGUCACAUUCUACACACUCCUCCAGGAUUUGAAGCCGGAUACGCUUUGCUGAAGGCGUUUAUCAGUGAAAAAUUUACGGAAAGGUUUUUUGUUUACUCUAAAAUGACUGACGCUAUAUACGACAAGUUUCCAAGGAAGGUAUUGCCUGUAGAAUAUGGUGGGGACAAUGGUACUAUACAGGAAUUAAUUGAUCACUGGAAAGUAAAGGUAGAGAGUUAUCGCGAUUGGUUUCUUCUCGAAGCCGAGCAACGUUCAGAGGAAACGCUAAGGCUCGGUGAACCAAAAACAUCAUCCUCUCUGUUUGGUGUGGAGGGAUCUUUUAGAAAACUAGAAGUUGAUUAAAGUUCAAUAUAAAAUAAUGAUUAUUGUAGGGUUUUCUAAAAUGAAAAUAAAUGUUGUAUUUUAUUUUGUUAUUUUUUAAAUAUUU